AUGGAAGUUGAAUCAUCAAACUGUAUAUAUAAAAUACAAGUUGUUGAUCGAGCUCGCAAAAUACCAAGUAUCAAUUAUUUAUGGGAUAAAUCUACUAAAGUAUAUGGUCGUGUAAAAGAUACAAAUAUAUUUGUACACUGGGCAUUUAAUACUAUGGAAAAUGUUUUUAAUACAAUGAUUGAAAAGUCAUUACCAGUUGCCAAAUUAAUAGAGAAACCGAUUUGUACACUUGAUAAAACAUUGUGCCAAGGACUUGAUUAUGUAGAAGUAAAAUUACCUAUAAUAAAAGAAGAACCAAAACAGAUAAUAAAUCGGACUAAGUCUCUUGUAUCAGAACGUCUAAAACCAGCUGUUAAAACAUUUACAAAUAUAAAACAAGGAACGAGACAUAAAGUUAAAGUUAUAAAGUUACAUACUUAUUAUAGAGUUCAUUAUUUGAGAAUGUAUAGUUGGCAACAAGCAGAUAGAGUUAUGUCAACUGAAAUAGGAAUUAGUAUUUUAAAAACUGUUGACAACACAACUGAUUUUGUUGAAUUAAUAUUGGAUAAAUACUUGCCUGUUCCAUAUGAUGAAUUUCACAGUAAUGAAACUGAAAAGUUAUGUAUUGAAGAUGCCAAACUUCAUCAUACCAUGGGGAGAUUAAGCAAAUUUAGUUCUCGUACUUCAAAACGUAUUUACUUUGCUUUGAUGGAACUGCAACAUUUUUAUAGACUGGAAAUUCGUUUAUUGAUAUCUGAUAUUAUCUGUAUAUUAUUAUUUCUUAAAUACAUGGUAUAUGGUACAUAA